GUCUGAAAAUUACAUGACGGGGUAAGCCGAUGCCACCCGCCGCUACAACGCUUGGGAAGGCUUUUGUUAAGCGCCCAUGUCUGCCAUCGCUUGCCAUUGCCUGCUUCUCCCUCCAUGAGCCUGCACCACCGCCAUGGAAUUUGCCUGCGGUUUUGUCUACGUGCCUCCACCAAAGGACAGCCAGCAAGCCAUCAAACGCUCAGCGCUUCUACCUCCCGUCAGCUGGGUCCGUCCUGUCAGAGCGCCCCCUCCUCCCCCCCUGGAGAACAAAGAGGUCGGCCAGCAGCCGCACAAGAGCAAGCGGCAGGGGCGGCCGGCUUCGACGUCCACCUUCUACGACAAUGUCGACCUUGAGAGCCAUUCUCCCAAGCAGCUUACGCCCACCCGAAAGACGGCUUUGCUUCCUCCCCACCUGAGACCGGCGACAAGCGGCCACUCGCCUUCUUCCGACCAGCCGAUCUCUUAUGACAACAGCGCGGAGUCGCCGUCGUCGUGGUCCGCAAACGGUGCGGCGGUUUUAUCGGAAGGCGCCGGGCCCAGUGGGAAUGCACCUGGCCAGCCGACACCCUCGGCCCCUCCCCUUCCUCCUCCUCGACCUUCCUUAAUGAAGUACAUGCCGGAGUAUGUGGUGAUUCUGCCCACAUCGUCCACCGCAGAAGAAACGCUCCUGACCCCGCCUCCAGCCACGCCACCUCCAGCCGCAGAAGAUAAAAGGCCGCUGCCGGGAAACCCCAACGUGAUCCUUGUCAGUUUGGGAAAGCUGCUCUCGGAGAAAGUGCAGCACACGCAGGGAAAACCUGCUUCCUGCUCCGAGUGUGGCUCCGUGCUGGACGGCACCUACGACAACCUGCUGCAGGGCUGUUACUUCUGUGAGCCGCCUGAGCGUACCAGCGCCCCAAGUGGCGGUUUGCGGCACGGCCUGUUCGUGCUCAGCCCGUCCCGAAACCUCGCGAGGGCCUCUCAUCCCCUGCUCAUCUUUUGCAUCGACAUCUCGGCCUCCAUGAGCAUCACCUCUCAGGUGUUGACGGGGAAGGAGUCUUUCCACAGAUCGCGGCUGGAGUUUGUCCAGGAAGCGGUUUUACUAUGUGUUGAAAAGCUGAGCAAACAACAGCCUGACACGCCCGUUGGGCUCAUCACCUUCAACUAUGAGGUGACAGUACACGGAUGCGGAGAUUUCCCGUCACGUGUCCUGAGUGGAGACGAACUGACGGACAGUGAAAAUCUGAAAGCGUCCGCGUCCGUUUUCACCACUCCGGCGCCGCUGUCGUACACGAAACAAUUCCUGCAGGAGCAAGUCAGCGGCUUGUCUGCAGUGGGCAUCACGGCGCUGGGGCCGGCAGCUCUCGUCGCCAUCACCAUGGCCUCCAGGCACCCGGGCUCCAAGGUGAUCAUCUGCACCGACGGGAAGGCCAACACGUCGUUAGGGAAUCUGGAGGCGGAGGACAAUGAUGCACGCACGCUCCUCUCGUCCACAAUCUUCUACCAGGAAUUGGGGGAAGAUGCUGCCAAUCAGGGUGUGACCGUCUCGGUGCUCUCUAUCGAGGGAACGGACUGCCGGCUGGAUGAGCUGGGAAGGCUCGCUGAUCGCACAGGAGGAAAAGUGGUGGUCGUGAAUCCCGGGAUGCUGCAGUCCGAGUUUGAGCAGAUCAUUGAGAACAACACCAUAGCCACCAAGUGCACCGUCACAUUGAUUGUGCCCAACUCACUGAGAAUGAGAGGAGAGAAAGAGGCGGGACACAAAGCGGUGAGAAAGGUGGGAAAUGUGCACCUCGGAAAGGAGAUCACCUUCCAGUUUGUGGCCAACCAGAGCGACGUGUCGCCGCCGUCCGGGGGCACCGUGUCCAUCCAACUGCAGCUUCGAUACAUGCCGAAGAACGGACAGAUGAUGCUGCGCGUGUUCACCGUGACCCGAAAGGUCACUCAUGAAAGCUUGGUGGCGCUGAGCUCCCUGUCGCUGCCCAUCAUUCAGCUCAACUCGUCCCAGGCCAGCGCCGCUCUGGCCGUCCGAGGCCGCUUCCUGGAUGCCCGGCGGGAGAGCGAGCAGCAGAUGAAGCUCAUCGAGAGAGUGAUAGAACACAACCGCAGCGCCGAGGACAGGCAGACGUACAAGGAAUGGGUCAUCACCAUGGAGCCCAUUUACAACAAUAUCUUUAAUUUCACACGGGCUAAAUCUGUCGUCUCCGACUCACAGUCUCUGACGGAUGCCGGCGCAGCGUUGCUGUACACCAUGAAGCAGAGCAACAGGAAGACCAUCAUGAUCAAGAAUCAGCAGAACCUUCACUUUUCCCCCCAUUGGAAGCAUUCCAAAUCCUGAAAAGCACAACGCGCA